GUCUCAGUGUCGAAAACAAAACAUGACGUCACUACAAUAAACUCAGCCGCAGAGGCUGCUGGGAGAAUCUUGCUGUGCUGGAGACAUUUUGGAUUUAAAGGGGCUGAGCUACCCGUCAUAACCAGCUCUCGAUUUUCAGGUUUUCCUGAGCUACAUAGAAGAUGUCCACCAUGGUGUAUCCACGGGAAGAGAAGCUCGAGAAGCUGACUCAGGAAGAGAUCAUCUCCAACACCAAGCUGGUGAUCCAGGGUCUGGAGGCCCUGAAGAACGAGCACAACUCCAUCCUGCACAGCCUCCUGGAGACCAUCAAGUGCCUAAAGAAGGAUGAAGAGGCCAACCUGGUGCAUGAGAAGUCCAACCUGCUCCGCAAGUCCGUGGAGAUGAUCGAGCUGGGCCUGGGAGAAGCACAGGUGAUGAUGGCGCUGUCCAACCACCUGAACGCGGUGGAGUCAGAGAAGCAGAAGCUGCGCGCGCAGGUGAGGAGGCUCUGCCAGGAGAAUCAGUGGCUGCGGGAUGAGCUGGCCAACACCCAGCAGAAGCUGCAGAAGAGCGAGCAGAACGUGGCCCAGCUGGAGGAGGAGAAGAAGCACCUGGAGUUCAUGAACCAGCUCAAGAAGUACGAUGAGGACGUCUCCCCCACUCAGGAGGAGAAGGACCGAGAAACACCGAAGGACUCCCUGGACGACCUCUUCCCCAAUGACGAGGAGGAGCAAGGCCAAGGAAUGCCGCACCAACACAACAGCGCGGCCGUGGCCGCGGCCCAGCAGGGAGGCUACGAGAUCCCGGCCCGCCUGAGAACCCUGCACAACCUGGUGAUCCAGUACGCCUCCCAGGGCAGGUAUGAGGUGGCUGUGCCCCUCUGCAAGCAGGCUUUGGAGGACUUGGAGAAGACUUCUGGACACGACCACCCCGACGUGGCCACCAUGCUCAACAUCCUGGCCUUGGUCUAUAGGGACCAGAACAAGUACAAAGAGGCCGCCCAUCUGCUCAACGAUGCUCUGUCCAUUCGUGAGAAGACCCUCGGGAGAGACCAUCCCGCUGUUGCUGCGACGCUGAACAACUUGGCUGUGCUGUACGGAAAGCGAGGAAAGUACAAGGAGGCGGAGCCUCUGUGUAAGAGGGCGCUGGAGAUCAGAGAAAAGGUGCUGGGUAAGGAACACCCAGAUGUUGCGAAACAGCUGAACAACCUGGCUCUGCUCUGCCAGAACCAGGGCAAGUACGACGAGGUGGAGUACUACUACUGCCGUGCGCUGGAGAUCUACGAGUGCCGGCUGGGCCCAGAUGACGCCAACGUGGCCAAAACCAAGAAUAAUCUGGCGUCCUGCUUUCUCAAGCAGGGGAAAUACAAGGAGGCUGAGAUUCUGUACAAAGAGAUUCUGACUCGCGCUCACGAGAAAGAGUUUGGAUCCGUUGAUGCUGAAAACAAGCCCAUCUGGAUGCACGCCGAGGAGAGAGAGGAGAUGAGCAAGGGCAAGCACAGAGACAACACUCCCUACGGAGAGUACGGAGGCUGGUACAAAGCCUGCAAAGUCAACAGCCCAACAGUGAACACCACCCUGAGGAACCUGGGCGCCUUGUACCGCCGGCAGGGUAAACUGGAGGCUGCAGAGACGCUGGAGGAGUGCGCCGUGAGGUCUCGCAAGCAGAGCAACACAGGCAUCGACCCCAUCAACCAGACGCGCGUGGUGGAGAUCUUGAAGGAUACGGACAGCGACCGGCGGAGGAGCCGGGACAGCCUGAGCAGCGUUAAGUAUGAGAGCGGCACCGAGACCGGCGAGGAAGUGAGUAUGGGCGUGGAGUGGAACGGGGCGUAAGCCGUCAAGAUUAUUCCUCCAUCCUUCUCUCCUUACCCGACACCAUAGCAAAGAGGAGUUGCGUGUUGUCGUUCCCUCUGGCCUUCUCUGUCCCACGCAAAGCCAACAGGUCCUCUACCAUUCCCCGGUGCCCCCCCCCCCACCACCCAAAACCAACCCACCCCCGCGCUCUUCGGCAGGGACGCAGAAAGUGUCCUCUCGACUGUCACUUUGUCCACUGCUCACCUGACAACUGCUGAGACGUUUGGUCUUCUCAUCUCUGCUCCCAUCCUCCCACCCCCCUCUCUCAACUCUCUCUCUCUCUCUCUUUGUCCUUUGUUCUUACUAACUCUUGUGUCGUAGCAGUGAUCGUUGCCUCUCACUUAACAGAAAAAAAAAAUCUAAUAAAAAGUCAUUAUCUUUUCGCCCACGAGGAAAUCACUCGCACAUUUCUCCUCUCCGAACACCCAUUUGUAAUAUUUCAUUGGCGCACUGUCGAUUCUAGAGCAGAGGACCAGGGAAGUGUGUUACUGGGAGGAGGCAAAAGAUGAAGGUUUUUAGAGAUCAAUGUGACCCUUUGAGGGCAGCCUGGUUCAGCAGGCAUCACAGCCACUCAGUCAGGUGACCGAGUGACAUUCACCAUGGAGUCCAACAAAACAAAACACUGUUUGGAAAUAACGGUACUGCGUACUUUAACAUCUAUGACAUCUGCUGCAUAGUUGGAAAUGACAAGGGAGCAUUAGUAAUUUUUGAUUUUUAUAGAUGCAUUUUCUUUCAUUUUUUUAAUCAUAUUGUUUACAAUUUUUUGUUGUCUUUUUUUAAAUGUUGAUUAUUCUGUGGCUAAACAUUAUGGCAGCAGACUGUUGGCAAAUGCAAUACUGUCGCCUGUGCCGAACGACCACACGAGUCCACAUCUGACAGCAAAUUGGUCAGGUCACAUCCAGCAGUCGUUGCCAUGGUAAUUUGUUUUCAAGUCGCUCUGACUGGCGCCAGUGUCCUUGAUUCGAUAAUAAGAGUUUUCACGUACGGUGCACAGCAUGUACAUGGUAGCUUGCAUUUACAAAAGGAAUCCGCAGCAUUGGCUGAAGCUAACCGAGACCAGCCGGUUGCAUAGUAACGGUAGAUUUUUAAAUAAUCAACGGAAAUGAGCAGAAUUAGCUUUUUGUCUUUGUUGGUGCCGGAGUAGAAGCUGGUGUUCUUAUUCAAUGGAAGCCUGGAUUCCAGUCGUUUUAGUGUGUAUUUGUGUAUGUUUUGGUGGUACAGUCACAGCGCCCGAUACGCUAUUGGAUACUGUGUUUUAAACUCAAAGCUUGAUGGAGUGUGUUGCCUUUUUCUUACAGUUGUUUGCAAGUCAACAUUGUCACUGGUGAACCGUUAUUUUACACUCCGAACUUCAAAGUGCAAAGAGUGUUUUCCCUCAAGAUCAAUAUGUUAUUUCAGAUGUUUAACUAACUGAAUGUAAAAUUAAUUUAACAUCCUUUAAGUGUAAUUGUAGGCUGUAUUUAGAUUCGACAAGUGCAUUCACUAUAUGGCUUUUCAGUUUGCUACUUGCCUUGAUCCUUCAUUCCUUCCAAUGAGUACUCCUAUACUUCUAAUGCAACUCUGAACAAAAGAAUUGACGAUGUACAUCACAUAAUUAUGACUAUUGUUGUGUUAGUGCAAUGCUUAUUUAUUGAACGGUUUACUCUUGACAUACAUGCAUACAUAUAUAUAUAUAUAUAGUGUGACUUCACUUUCCUAAAGCGGAAGAACAUAAAUGGUCUAUAAGCACUAUCUUAGUAAGUAGGACUGCAUUAUAUUUACCAUCCUGCAUUGUGAAGAUUCAUUGCUUCAACACUUGUUGUUAUUCUCAAAUAAAGUUUUUCAUUUGUGGA